AUGGAUGCUCCAAUGAAGGCCCAGAGGGCUCGCAAACCAGUGGCACCAGCAGCAGCUCCUGAUGGUGGCUAUGGCUGGUUCAUUGUACUCGCCUGCUUCCUGGUAUUUGGCUUGACCUUUGGGGUCAUCAAGGCCUUUGGCGUGUUCUAUGUUGAGAUACACCAGUACUUUGACACCACAGCAACAGCAGCAUCCUGGAUCACCUCUAUUGCUGUGGCUACUAUUCAUGUUGCAGCCCCUAUAGCAGCCGCACUGAGUGCUCGCUAUAGCCACCGUGCAGUGGUGAUGACAGGAGGACUGCUAUGCAGCUUGGGAAUGUUGACCGGGGCUUACGUAAGCAACCUGAUGGAGCUCUACAUCACAGUGGGCUUCUGGAAUGGUUUUGGUUACGCACUUACCUGGACACCAACGGUGACCAUGCUGGGCAGCUACUUUGACAAGAAGCGUCCUCUGGCCAACGCUUUGGCCAGUACUGGAGAAUGCGUUCUUACUUUCCUCCUAACACCACUCUUCCAACUGUUGAUUGAUACUUUUUCAUGGAGGGGUGCUAUGCUGCUGCUGGGGGGGCUGCAACUUAAUCUGUGUGUGUGUGGGAUGCUGCUGAGGCCGCUCAAAAUCACCAGAGAAGUGAAUCAUUUCACGGAGGGUAAAGACAAGGAGGGAGGCUUGGUCCUCGAGUUGUGUCCCAUGAUGGAUGGGGACUUGGAGCAGAAUAAACCAAAUGCUCUUGAAGACAGAACAACUGACACAGGCCCUGAGGAGAUACCCAAUAUAAAUGCCAAGGCACAAGCUAAGGCCAAAGCCAAGGAUUGGAGGAUCAGGCUACAGAUGAAAGUACUUCCCUACGUGGAUUACACCCUCAUCACCAACGCUCGAUUCUUUGUCUACUCUAUGUUUGGAGUGUUUGCUGCUCUAGGUUUCUUUGCGCCGUCCCUUUUCCUGGUGCCUUAUGCUCGUAGCCAGGGGAUAGAGGAGUACCAGGCCGCUGCUCUCAUAUCCAUCUCGGCAGCGCUGGACCUGACAGGGAGACUUUUCUCUGGCUGGAUAGCUAACCUGAGACUCAUGGAGACAGUGCAGCAGUUGAUUAUAACAGUAAUUCUGCAGGGUACUGUACUGCUGUUCUGUCCACUGGCCUCCUCUUUCUCUGAGCUGGCUGUCUUCAGCACAGUCUAUGGCUUGGCAUACGGCGCUACCGUCUCCAUCCACAUUACAGUGCUGGCAGAGGUGGUUGGAGUUGAGCGGCUCGGUAGUGCACUGGGAUUCUUCAUGCUCAUACGCAGCAGUGGUGGGCUGCUUGGACCGCCCAUUGCAGGACUCCUCAUUGACAGGAUGAGUGACUAUGGGACAGGCUUCCUCAUGGCCGGAGUGGCUCUCAUAGUAUCCGCCCUCUUUCUACUCCUGCUCCACCACAUGAACCGCAGGAGUCAGUCGUCCUCCCCCAAGGCCGGUGAUUUGCCUGUAGAUGCUGAACAGGGCCAGAUGCUAGCAUCAGUCCCAGAUGUGCUGGAAAAGAAGUGA